ACCUUAGAGAGAAGUUGACCAUAGAACCAGAGGUUGCUCAAGCUACAUUUGCCAUAACACACACGCAAACUUAAACACACAAACUGCAGUUGAUUAAAUAGGAAUCUGGCAUUGAUUUUGUUACGUUUUGAUACGUUAAGCGAGGGCAAACGUAUCAAAUACACCGAUGGUUGGUCAAAUUUGAGGUCAGAAAAAAUGUGAAUCUAAAGCAUACAUUUCUCUUUUGUUACUAAACUAAUAAUCCGAUUUUACUGACACGACAUCGAAGAUCUUGAUCCGGAUCAUAAUGGACCAAUCAGAAGGCAUCUUUCUAGUACCUAAUGGAUCAAAUGAUUUCUUCUAAAAUCUGUCAAACCAGCAAAAAGCAUAUAGCUGUGUAAGAAGGGUCUCUAAACCCCAUACUAAAUCAAGAAAUUCUGUAAAUCACCUGGUUGGCUAGAAAAAUACUUUUUUCAGUUGAUCUGGAGAUCAUAACCUAUAUAAAAUUGCUUCGAAAAUUGGUCAAUCGGAGAGGAGCCUUUAAUCCCUGCCCGAAUCGUGGAUCAAAUCUGAUACAUAUAACGCCUAGAUUGAUAUGACAUCAAUUACUGAGCACUAUGAACCACUGUUGGCACACACAUCCUCAUUUGUGCGCGAUAUUUAUGCAUAGUAUUGAUAAUCAUAUUUUUAUUAAAAGUAUUUCAAUCUGCAUAUAACGUACGUACGUUUCUUGAGGAAAAGAAAGAGCACAGGAAAGUCUGUAUUAUAUUUGAAAUCAGAACUGCCUUGUGCGGCCAGUCACAGAACUGCCCAGUGCUACAACAUCACGAAAAGUCGUGAGACUGAAAUCGCAGUAGAUCAAAAUAAACGUUAAAUUGGUCAUAUUACACUCCAUUUUGACUCUUAAUUGAAUUGAAGAGUAAAUGUUAUUAGGUUCAACUACUAUGUGUUAAUAUAGCAAACAUUUGUGUGUGAAUACAUAUUACUCAUGUUUACUGUACUGUACUGUUGACAGCACUACAAAUGUAUCACCUGUCGUUGGGGAUGCGUUCACAAAUAUUCACAUGUGUCAAUUAGGGUGAUUCAACGCUAUGAGAAACAUGUUUAAACACAGUUUUCACACUGAAACUUGCUGACUUAAUUUGUUACUAGCAUGAAAUUAAUCAGUGGUUGUUUUGAUAGUUUGAUAGUUAUUUAACUAUCGAUUUCACGAUGUACAAAAAAUGACAUCUCGCUCCUGCGUGCAGGUUGUCGGGAAAUACUUGGGGCUUUAUGUAGCAAACUUGGUUACAAAAAUAGUUAUUUCAAGUGUCGCUACGAUCAGUGCGAGCUUAUCUUGAAUAUGAUACUCUGACCGAGACGUGGAAGUUGACAAGCAGCAUCAGAGGCGUCGUGCUAAGAGGUCCAGUAUCGUUAUUAUCUGAAUCUGAAUUCGAAUACAAACCCCAUCUCUAGCAGACAAAGAAGCACAAGAAAGAAAAGUUUCCAUUUUACUGUUUAUAGACUGUACGUUAUUAUAGACCUUUCUUUUUGUUGUCUAACUUCUUCUUUGGUUUCUACCAUUUUUUGUAAUGGUUUCUACCAUUUUUGCUAAAGGUUUCUACCAUUUUUUCUAAAAUAUAAUAAAGCAAAGGUAACAAGUAUGCCUCCGUCUAAGCCAGAUAAAGGUGUUUAAAAUAAUUGUAACCCAGAAGCAUCUCUAUUUACCUUGAAGGACGACAUGCGGAUUAGAUACAGCACCAGAAAUAUGUGAAAAUGGAAGAUAAUUAAGGAGUUUGUUGAAAUCUACACCCAAUGACGGACCGAGUUAUUAUCCUCUUUACAAUUUUAUCGGGUUUUGUGUUUGUUUUGAAUAUAGUUCUGUCAUCUACAACAUGGAUUUAUGAUGCUUGUUUCCGAUCAGCCAAUUUUCGAUACCAGUCUUACGAAAACGCUAUAUAAUUGGUCUAAACCAGGUGAUUUAUGAAUCAUUUCUUGAUUUUGUGUGGUGGUUUAGUGAUGUGUGCGACGAUAAGGUGAAUGUGCAAGGGACACUUGGCAACUAUGUGAGGAUUUGGGCGGCAGCCGACCCUGGACACGCGUCGGGGCAGGGUCGCGAUUUAUGUAUUCUUUUAAGUUUUUCUUAGAAUCGCUGUUUUUUGUGAGAUUUCAUUAAAUCGUGUACUCUUUCGAAUCUACUGUUAUUUACUCAUUCAGAACCCACCCUCUGUCGAUUAGUAUAAUCGGCAGCCCAUUGCAUCAUUUGGCGCCGCAACGGGGACGUGAGAUUUCGGUGAUUUUGAGAGACAGAACGUGAGGUAGUGACUUUUCGGCGUUUCGAUUGUGGAAGUUGUGCCGACAGGUAUAUAUUGGACGAGCAGUACAGGGCAGCGUGGAAGAAGUGGAAGACGUUUUCCACGCGGUAUUCACGUGAACAAGUUGUGCAGUCGAGCGCUGGCAAGCUUACCGCCCAGCGACGGUAAAACGACGUCGGGAGGUACAAGCAACGUGAGUCAGACAAGGAUAGGGGUAGAAUCGGCGGCGCGCGAGAUAGCGGCACGUGGGGCUUGAGGAAGGUAGGAAGACUGUUUCUAGGUGGCAUGGGUGAAGAGGUGUUGCCAGUGUGAAAUAUUUUGAUGCAACUUGGUGAGAAUUUUCUAAUUUGAUAUUCACGCACAUCUGCGAGCGUGCUGGUAGCAGUUAGGAGUUUGUUGAGAUGUUCAGGCGAUUUGGAGUACAGACGAGGUAGUACGAGGAUAGGAGCCGGGAGACCAGGGAACAUUAUUUUGAACAUUAUUGUAUUGUAGUUAGUAGUAGGUUUGUCAGGUUAUCUUAAUAUUAUUAGGAUAUAUUGCUUUAGAAGAGGAAAACAUGUCAGGAAAAGGUAGGAGUAAGAGGAAGAACAGAAAGGAGAGUGUGGGGGGUGCGCCUGUCGAUUUAGAAGCGCGGUGUCUGUCACUGAAUUGAAAAAUACAGUUCGUCAGCUGGUGGAGAAGGUUGCCAUGUCAGAAGAGAUUGUGACAGAGGCGGAUACUGUCUCAGUUUCAAAAGGGGUAGAUCAGGGGCUUUACCCAAUUAAUGAUCGGGUUUAUUUGCUCAUUGGAAGGAAUUAGGGGGUGGUAGCAUUACUUACUCAGCUUACGGGAGGAUUCACCCGAUGCUAUUUUUGAGAAGAAUCGAGUAAAUAUUCAGUGACGCAUGAGUACCAGAGCAUGCAAUUGGGCCAAGCAGUAGGUUGUCUUAGGCAUCCGAAUGGGCAAGUCUGAAGGAGGAUUUGUUGGUUGAUUUUGCCACAUGUCAGCAAGCCUUUAAAGAGAGAUUUUGGGGGGUUGACAAGUAAAGGGAGCUUUUAAUGACUUUGGCUUAUGUAAUACAUCCAGGCGGAAGUAGAGCAGAUUAUUUCCUAAACUGGAUGUCUGUUUGGGUAACCUAAUUUGCCCAUAACGCAGAAAGCAGUAUCGGUCGCAGUGAGGGUAAAGCCUAAAGAAUCAAAUCGCAGAUUUUGGUUCCGAUCGAAGUAGAAGGGGUACGUAUGGAAGUGAAUUGUCUAGUAGUACCAGGGCUAAAUUGUAACAUUAUCUUUGGAUCUAACUGGCUAUACAAGUGCCAAGCUCGUCUCGAUUAACAGUAUUCGAAAUUGAAUUUAAUUGUAAAUGGGUUAACUUUGAGCGUCGAGUUAACAUUCCCAACAGAGCGGCAGAAAAUUUCGAUACAUCUCUGCGAGAAAUAUGAUUUCUGGGAGGAUACCGACCCAGAACGUUUAACGGAUGAGACGCCACUGACCGAGCGCGACGGUAAUUGUCAAUGCUACACCGAGACAGACAUACAGGCGGCCGUAGAAAAAACGAAUUUGGAUGAUAGCGGUAAGGUAGCGUUGCAGGACGUUUUGCUAAAAUAUAGGAAUAUAUUUUCAGAUCUGCCUGCUCGAGUGAAGAAUUAUUUCCAGGAAAUAGAGCUUACAGAUGAUAGUGAAUUCAACGCUGUUUCGUAUCCUAUUCCUAUAGCUUACAGGGGGGAGGUAAAAAGGCAAUUAGAUGAAAUAUUGAUGGCCGGGGUCAUACAAAAGGAAAAAGCCUGUUAUAUUUCGCCUUUGGUAUGUGUUAGAAAGAAAGACGGAAGGAUUCGCGUUUGUUUAGAUGCGCGGGGUCUAAACGCUAAGGUGAAAAAAGAUUUUAUCAAUCCUCCUAAUCCCACGGUACUUUUGGUACAGUUUAAGCAAGGGCAGUUGAUGAGCACGGUUGAUUUAACUAAAGCGUAUUGGCAGAUCGCAGUGUUUCCAGACCACACAAAAUACUUAGGUUUUAUGUACGAGGGGGAAACAUAUACUUUUCGGCGACUUCCUUUUGGACUAUCCAUGUCUAUGAAAAGUCUCAUACGGUGUUUAAAUGGAAUUUUAGAGAGGUGCAACGAUUUUGCGCAAGCAUACGUAGAUGACUUGUUCAUUUAUUCCAACAAUAUAGGGGAGCAUUUGAAACAUUGGAGGAUCAUCAUUGAACGGUUUCUCGACGCAAGAAUUACAGUAAAAUUGAGGAAGUUUGUUAAGAGAUUUUGCAGAGCUGAAGGAUCAUUUCAGAACUUUGAGGAGUGA